GUGUGUGUGUGUGCAUAUAGGUCCCGAUGAUGGAGUCUUGUUUAGCCGGCUGGAAGCCGGUGAGGGUCGGCCCAGUGGAGGUGGGAGACAUCAAGCGAGACUUGCUGGAUGAAUUCUCAGCUCUGCCAAAGCAGGCUGAAGUUCAGAGUCGGUCGGAGAACCUGCAGGUCUACCUCAGGGUUCGACCUUUCACGGGGGCAGAGAGUGGAGAGUUGCAGGACUGCCUGGUCAUCGAGGGACCUCACUCUGUGGCCAUCAAAGCUCCCAGGAGCAGCCAGUCCAAGAGGCAGGGUGACAAGAUCCCUCCACAAACUGCUCAAAGGUUUACCUUCACCCAGGUCUUUGGACCAGACGCCAGUCAGAGGAAAGUGUUUGAGGGAUCGGUUCGGGGUUUGGUGCAAGAAGUUCUGCACGGGGAAAACUGUCUGCUCUUCACAUACGGAAUCACCAACGCCGGGAAAACCUUCACCUUCCUCGGCCCGGAGCACGACAGCGGCCUGCUGCCGCGGUGCCUGUGGGUGAUCUUCAACAGCACGGAAGGUCGUUUGUACGCCGGCUGCGAGCUGAAACCCCACCGCUGUCGAGAUUUCACCCGACUGACUCCGGAUCAGCAAAGAGCUGAGCGGGCCGGCAAACUGAGUCUGCUGCGUAGCGUCCGAGAGAAUGACAAAAAUGGGACAUCUGCCCGAUCGACUUCUCUUGAGGCCUCAUCCCUGAGCUCCGACUGCAGCGUCAACAGCAUAUCCGAGAGCGACAGCAUGUGCCUGGACGUGCCGCCCGACGUUCGCUUUUCUGUUUGGGUUUCCUUCUGUGAGAUUUACAACGACAAUAUUCACGACCUUCUGGAGCAGCUCCCCGGUGGACAUGUGAAGAGGACGACGCUACGUCUGUCGCAAGAUGUCAAAGGAAAUUCUUUCAUCAAAGACUUGAAGUGGGUCCAGGUGAAUGGCGCCGAGGAGGCUUUCAAGGUCAUGGAGAUUGGCAAGAAGAACCAAAGCUUGGCCUCCACCAGACUCAACCAGCAGUCCAGCAGGAGCCACAGCAUCUUCUCCGUCAGGAUCCUGCGGGUGGACGCCGCCGAUGCCGUCCCCAGGUUCCUCGGCGUCAGCGAGCUGGUGUUGUGCGACCUGGCUGGGUCGGAACGCUGCUCGCGCACCCGCAACACGGGCGAACGCCUGAAGGAGGCAGGAAAUAUCAACAGCUCGCUCCUUGCGCUCGGCAAGUGCAUCAACGCGAUGAGGAUCAAGCAGAGUGCCAAGUUCCAGCAGCACAUUCCCUUCAGGGAGUCCAAGCUGACCCACUUCCUGCAGGUCUUCUUCUGCAGUGGCGGCAAAGUGUCCAUGGUGGUCAACAUCAACCAGAACUUGUCCUGCGUGGACGAGACGCUCAACGUCCUCAAGUUCUCCGCCCUGGCCCAGAAGGUGGUGAUGUUGAACUCCAGGCCGGCCAGCCUGGACGACGCCUCCCUCAGGUCGGCGAUGGAUGUGUCCGUCCUCAUCAACGAGGCCGACCAGCGCCGAAACGUGUUGGCGCACGGACGCAAAAGCUCCAUGGUAGCCUGGGAGAGCACCUUGGAGGACGUCAUGGAGGACGACGGGGAGGAGGAGGAGGAGGACGAGAGUGGCAUGGAGGAAACGGUGCUCAAGGCAGCAGAUGAGAACGACGAUGACGAAGGGGAGGGCACCAUGGAGGAAGAGGACAAGUCGGACAAGGAGGCGGCGUUCCGUUUGGUUGCGGAGGCUCAGAUCAGAGAGGAAGUCUGCGCCGAGUUCAUGGAGAUCUUCAAGCAGAUGGAGAAAGACUACAGCGAGCGUCUGGAGAAGGAGCGAGAGAUCCUGGAGGAGCGAGCCGAGAGGAGGCUGGAGAUCCUCAAGAACCUGCUCAGCCAGACCGCACGGGAGGACAAGGAGGAGGGGCAGGCGGCGGCGCUUCUGGAGGGAGUCCUCAGCUUGGUGGGACAAGACCUGCAGAAGAUCCGAGCGGAUGCUCAGAGCGUGCAACAGCAACUGCUGCUGGCCAAUCAGGUUGACCGCGCGUCCGCCAGGAAGCGGCGCGGCGAUGACAAAGAGGAGGACGGCGAUGACACCAAGGAGGAAGGACGGAGGCGGAGCGCCGAGCGAGGCGCUUUGUCGCUCGCCGGCCCACGGCCGCUCCCCGUAGGCGGCCCGGAAAACCUGCGGCAGGACAACUCGCCUGACGUCGGCGCCAGGCUGCCGGCGAAAGAGGGCGAGUGUGGCGCCUCGUCGUUGCCCGCCAAGUCGCCGCGACGCCAAAGUUGCCGACUGACUCAAAGCAACCACGCGCUCGUUGACAAAAUCUUUGCGCUGCAGACGCAGGCCAGUUCCUUGGAGCGCAGUCUGCGAGAGGAAGCGCAGCGCGCAGCCGUCGCCAAGGAUCAGUUGGCCGCCGCCGAGGCCCGCCUCCGGCACCUCGAGGACCAGCGGAAUGCCAAAACCAAGGGACAGGAAGACUUGAGCACCUUCCACGCCAACAUGGCCCAACUGCGGAAGGAGUGCCAGGCGGCUGUGGAGAGCUCCGCCCACAAGUCCAAAGUCAUCCAGGAAAUGAUGCAAGAAAAGAUGUGCAGCGACAGGAAGUGUGAGCAGCUCAGGGAGGAAUUGGCCAAUCAGAAGGCAGAAUACUGCCACCGGCUCGGAGAGCUGAGGGCGGAGCUUGAGCGACAGGCCGCCGCUCUGCGGAGGCAGACGGAGGAGGAUGACAAGCGACGGCAAGCUCUUCAGCGCGUCCUGCGUGAGAAGGAAAAGCUGGUCGAAGACCUCGAGAAACAGGCGGACGCCAUGAGACGAGAACUGGAGUGCGUCAUGGCCCAAGUGCGGCGGCGCGAGGAGGAGGAGGAGCAGAAGGAGAACAAGGAGAACCCGACCAUGGGGACCCUGGCCCUGGUGGAGGAGCUCAAGGAAGAAAUUCAGAAGCUGCACGACAGCCGGAAGAGGCGGAGACAUGAAGCGCUUUUGCAGUUCUGCUGUCCAUUGAACGACGCCGAAUCAAAAGACCAAAGCGCACCGAAGAAAAGGAAAAGCUGCCAAGUGGAGGGCUUGCGGUCGAGUGACAGCAAGCGAAACAAGCGAGCGAACAUCCUGAGCAGCCCAGCCGAAAGCGAUUUGGGACACUCUGUCACCACGGCAACCAAACCCAAGCGAGGGCGGAGGAAGCUUUACGGGAAGGGAGUAGCCGCCGUGCUUGAAACGUCGCCAGAUCCGGCGGCCGUGGCGGUUGCAGACCCAAGUGAAAAGGAAAGCGAUCAAAUGAUCAUCAGGCGCAAGCUGCGUUCUCGGAAGUGACCUCAUCCGAUGGGAAGAUUUCAGGACGGGUUUGAAAUCACCUCCUUGUCAAUUUUGUAAAUUGAAGAUUUUUUUUUUUGACUUGAAGGAAAUAAAAUGUGAGCAUUCCCAAA